AGCAAUCGCUGAACAGCAGCUGUAAAUGUUGGAAAGAAACAAACGAGGGUUUUCUGCAGGAACACCUGACAUCUUCAAGACAUGUUAGUAUGAGGACAUGAGUGAUACAGAAACCUGCAGAAUGAAUGAAGAUGAUCCCAAGCAACAAACAGAUCUGUUGGGAGUUAUUGAAUUGGAGGAUAUACCUAAUCAUUUUUUAACUGGAGAAAAAUCUUCACAGACUGAAGAUAAUUUUUCUCAGAAAAGUGCUUCUAGAGCCAGAUCCAUCCGUUUUCUCCCCUGCCCUCACUGUGAAAAGAGUUUCACACGUAAAGGAGAUCUCGACAGACACUUGCGAAUCCACACGGGAGAAAAGCCGUUCACCUGCGUUCAGUGCGGGAAGAGCUUCACUCUGGCGGACGGGCUGAGAAAACACCUGCGCUCUCACUCCGGAGUCAGAUCCUUUCACUGCCACCAGUGUGGAAAGGCGUUUAUUUUACCGUCGCACCUGAAAAGACACAUGAUCAUUCAUGCAGAUUUCAAACCGUACUUGUGUUCUCUCUGCGGAAAGACUUUUUCUCAGCUGGACUGUUUGAAGAAGCAUCAGAGGACGCACAGCGGCGCCAGACCUCACGUCUGCUUCGAAUGCGGGAACGCUUUUAAUUCAGCCGACACUUUGAAACGGCACCAGAGGAUUCACACCGGAGAGAGACCGUACACCUGCUCCGACUGUGGGAAGAGCUUCACUCAAUCCGGACACCUGAAACAACACGAAAGGGUUCAUACGGGACAGAAGCCGUACUACUGCUCGUUUUGCGGAAGGAGUUUCAGCACAUCGAGGAAUCUGCCGGCUCAUAUGAAAAAACAUCGGCCAGACGCUUAUCAAAUAAACCAAGAUGAUGAAAACUGAUGCAGCGAGAUCUGGAAAAAAAGAGACUUUAUUGCACUGAAAUCACACUGGAUUUUUCUUAUGCAUGUCUGUAAAUUAAGAGAGUUAGACAUUUACUGAAAUAUAUUAUCAUAUUAAAUAAGACAAGUUCGGUCAUUUUAGAGAGAGAGAGACAAAAUAAUUUAGCUUUAUUUUCACUUCUAAAAUACAGGGGGAAAGACUCAUCAUAUGGCGGUAUUUUUCAUUUAUAAUUUAAUUUAUUUAAAUUAAAAACGCUUUAUGAUCAUUACAGAAGUUUUAUUACAGUAUAUACAGUAAUAUUUAUUUAUAGUUAUAUUAUUGGAAGUAAAAUUAUUAUAAGUUUUUUCUUACACAUAUACUAACUGUGAAUAAUUUGUUGUGUUGUUAUGAUAUUUUCCAUUUUUUUAGCGCGUGAUAUUAAAAUGUUUUUCCUGAAAAUGUAAAUAAACUCAAUUU